AAGGGAAGCAUCCAGCAGUCUGCUGUGCUCAGUGUGAGAGUGACAAGACAUCUGACAACACAAUGUUUAAGGCUAUUAUGGUCUUUACUCUGUGCCUGAUGGCCAUUGCUCUGGCCACCUCUGCUGAUUCUCCGGAAACUACAGGCAUUUUCAUCAACCUGGCAAAUGGAGAGCUAUGUGCCAUCAGUAGUCAGUGUAAGAGCUCUUGUUGCCAUCGGGUGAGUGCCAUCAGCUUAGCUCGCUGUGCUCCACUUGCCGCAGAGCGAGAGACAUGUUCCAAAAAGAGUUUGUAUGGAACAUAUUACUUCUGCCCUUGUGAGGAUGGACUCAAAUGUGACGGAGACUGGUCGAUUGGGGGAUCCAUCGUCAACACCAACUUUGGAACAUGUGUGGAUCACAAUUCUCCAAACUAAGAUUUUCUUCACAGUAAUUGAUCCCGGAAAAGUGUCACAGAAUGCCUAUAUGUAUAAUAAAUAAGGACUUGUGUUUUACUUUAAUACUUUAAUAAAAGUAUUAAAAGCGCACCCCUCUCACAAUGCAUCACAUUCAAAGCACAUCAAGGGCCGGUUUUCCAAACCCAGAUUAAAACUAAAUCUAGACUUUCCUUUGUCGUUUGUCCAUUGAUACCGAAAAAGUCCAAGUUUACAUUUACAGCAAUUUGAUCAAUUUACAUAGCUAUGUGAAGGUAGUGUUGGGAAUCUUGUCCAAGGACUCUUAUUGGCAUAGUAUAGGAUGCUUAUCCAUGCAGAGGAUUGAACCCCAGUUACUACACUAUAAAUAUAUUAUAAAAUAAACUCCAGGAAACCAGAUUACGCUUAAUCCAGGAAACCAGCGCUAUAUGUGCAGUCCUAAUGUAUCACAAAAUGUGCAUGUAAAAGGAUUGGAUCAAUAUGUCCUAAGCCUUGAAUAUUCUGAUUAGUAGCAGACUGUUGGUACCUGCUGAGCAUGCAGAUGGUGGUGCUGCUCACACAUACCACAUGGACCAGUGUGAAGAAAGAGUUAAAUCCCAACCCUCGUCCUGAAGUGACCCUGUCCUGCACAUCUGAGUGUUUUUCCUGCUCUAAAACACUCACUUCAGCUCAGGAACGGUUGAUUAAAUAAGAAAUUCAUUAAACCAGGUCUUCAGGAAAAACACCAGCAUGUGUACUGGUCCACUGCCAUAGUGUGUCAGAAUCAGUGGGAGACAGCAGUGAGUGUAAGGAUGGUUUGUUGUGUUUAUCAUUAGAACACCUCCUGGUGUUUCCCUGCAUCAAAGUUCUCCCGCAGCUCCACGCAGAGGAGCAGAGUCUGUUUUGUAGUUGUUGGGGCAGCAGCCUUAGAAAAACAGCAUGAAAACUUGGUGCAGCUCAUAGAGGGCUCCACAAGUAGCUGAAAUACAUAAAUCUACACUGCUUAACCACUGGGUUAUUCACAUACAGCAUACUAAAGAAUAUAGCAAUCAGGAAAAGGUCUGUCCUGCAUACAAUAGCCUUUAAUACCAUUCAUUAUAGACAUCUCCACCUACACUUGUCUCUUGUUAGGCAGCAAAGACAGAAGGAGUGAAACACACUGUUGGCCUUAAAAAGUAAAAUCUCAAUAACUGCUCUCAAUAAACCCCCUUAGGCCAA